AUGUUACUUUUUCCUUAUUCUGUAACAGUCAAAGAAAACUCCGUUGUAUUUCAGUGGAAUUUUCCAGCUCUUAUUGUAAGCAACAAUGUUGGUCCAGCCCUUGCUGCAGGAAAUACUGUAGUCUUGAAACCUGCAAUGCAGACACCAUUGACUCCUCUUUACCUUGUUAGUUUGAUGAAAGAAGCAGGUUUUCCUCCUGGAGUUGUCAAUAUAGUGCCAGGUCAUGGUCAUACAGCCGGUAAAGUGCUUGUCACCCAUUCAGAUGUAGACAACGUUUCUUAUACGGGAAUAUCAGAGGUUAGUUAUAAUACUUCCAUUGAUGGAAACAACUUCUAAUUUUAAUCUGAUGUU